UUGCUUGCACCAUGUCUCAGGCUGCAACAUCUGCCUUGUUCCCCCUCCGCUCGCGGUUGUCGCUAUAAGGUGGGAGAAACCAAUUAGCCAAGCUAGUGUCAGUACUCACAACACCGUCCAUCCAUAUAUCCACCCUCCCUCACAAUUUUUCACGUAAACAAUCAACCAGACAUGUCCACCAGUGUAGGUUUCUUGAGCACCAUCUCCCCCUCCGCAUGUCCCCUCCAAGAACGCCGCUCCGGCGCUGCCCCGUGCCGCCGCCUCAUCCGGCCCCGUGUUUCCUGCCACAGCAACGGUGACGCCCGGCAGCCGCCACCAUCAUCGCUGCUGAUGGACCGGCGCGACGUGCUGAUCGCGCUAGGCGGGCUGACCGGCGGCACAGCAGCAGCAGGCAAGAUGGCUCUGGCGUCGCCGGUCAUGCCCCCGGACCUCGCCAAGUGCCACGACGCCAAAUCCUCUGGGCUGGGCGACAACCUCAAAUGUUGCCCUCCCUAUACCAGCGCCGACAUCGUCGACUACACCUUCCCGGAGACACCGCUCCGGGUGCGGCGUGCCGCGCACCUGGUAAUUAACGACAGCGAGUACAUGGAGAAGUACGAGGAGGCGGUGAAGAAAAUGAAAGAACUGCCGGAGAACCACCCUUGGAACUUCUACCAGCAGGCUCUAAUUCACUGCGCAUACUGCAACGAAGCCUACGACCAGGUGGGCUUCCCCGGGGUCCCCGUCCAGGUCCACUACAGCUGGUUAUUCCUCCCCUGGCACCGCUACUACCUCCACUUCUACGAGCGCAUCCUAGGCAAGCUCAUCGACGACGACACCUUCACCCUCCCAUUCUGGAACUUCGACUCCGAUGACGGCAUGACGAUACCAGAGAUCUUCACCAACGACACCUCGUCGCCUCUCUACAACGCCAACCGGGACACCUCCCACUACUCGUCGGCCAUCCUCGACUACAAGUACAGCUACGGCAACACGGCGGGAAGCGGGGAGACAGGGAACGCGCUGGUGCUGGCCAACCUGUGCUACAUGAAGAAGACGUUCAAGCAGUCCCUGCCGCUGGCGGAGCUAUUCAUGGGGGACCCUCUGCGGGCUGGGCAGGAGGCGGAUACUACCAAUGGGUUCGGGCAGCUGGAGAGCAUCCACAACGCCAUCCACAUGUGGGUGGGCACGCCAACAUCUCCCCACACUGACAUGGGCGACUUCUCAACCGCCGGCAGAGACUGCAUUUUCUUCAGUCUCCACGCCAACGUCGACCGCCUCUGGCACAUCUACCGCAUGUUCCGUGGCAACAAGGUCGAGUUCACCGACACGGACUGGCUCGACUCCACAUUCAUCUUCUACGAUGAGAACGAGCAGGUUGUCCGAGUUAAGGUGAGAGACUGCCUGAAGCCGAACAAGCUUAGGUACAUGUACGAAGAAGUGCCGAUCCCAUGGAUGAACAAGCUCAACUGCGUUAAGACCACGGAGAUUAAGGAAAAGACGAAGACGGAGCUGUCUCUGGUGCGUGUGGGACCGUUCGGCUCGGAGCCAAGGGAGCUGUCCCAGACGGCGCUGCGAGUGAUGGUGCCGAGGCCAAAGAAGAGCCGCAGUAAGACAGAGAAGGAGGAGAAGGUGGAGGUGCUGCUGAUCAAGGACAUCUCGGUCGAUACCGAGGGGCCGGCACGAUUCGACGUGUACAUCGCGGCGCCCUACGGCGACCUGGCUGGGCCCGACUAUGGGGACUUUGCGGGGACCUUUGUGAGGCUGCCGCACAAAGGGAUGAAGGGCAAGGAGAGGAAGGGCUCCCUCAAGCUGGGGAUUACCUCCCUGCUGGAAGACCUGGAGGCCGAGGACGCCGAGAAGCUGGUGGUCACGCUGGUCCCUCGAGUCGGCGAGUUCACGAUUGGGGGGGUUCUGAUCAAGCUGCUGCAGACCGACAACCCCAGACUUCUCUAAAGCGUGAAUUAUCUGUCGACUAAUAGCUGGAUUUCUGUUCCGUUCCCUUGCAUUGCGUGGCAUUUGCUUUUUGGAGUGAUUUGUCUUUAUCUCAACAGUUCGCUUCCGUAUGGCGCGUCCGGUGGCGCAGCUAGUGGGUCAUGAGCUGUCGUCGUCCUCUUAUGAAUAAUCCAUACAUAUGCUGUAUGUUGCUCCAGCUUCUAGUCC